GGUGACAUUAACAAAUCUUUGAUCUAGAAAAGUCGCUCAGCUUGUAGAUAGGUUGUUGGUUUGGUUGUUAUCAAUCCCAAGAAUUGAAUUUUUUAAUAUAUCUGGAAAAAGGGGUUGCAUAAAGAUUACAUUAAUUAGAUUUUACAACAAUGAGCGCCUCUGGGGAUGGCCCGGUGCUACAGGCAAUGAAUCCUAAAAUUAAACAUGACUGGUACCAAACAGAUGCCCUUGUGGUAGUGACAAUUCUAAUCAAGAAAGCUCCAAGUGACAAAGUUAAAAUUCAGUAUGGUGAACGUAAUCUUUCAGUCUCAAGUGAAAUACCAAACUCUGACUCAGAAUACAGUCUUGAAUUAGAAUUGGCCCAUGAAAUCGUCCCCUCAAUGUGUACUUAUGUUGUAACCCCAUCAAAAAUAGAAGUCAAGUUAAGAAAGAAGGAGGGACUGAUGUGGACUGUGUUAGAGGGAGAGGGAAAAGAGGAGAAAAUUAAAGCUAUACCACAGGCUGUCAUAGAUGCUUCUGGGCCACAGCAACGUCCAAAACUAUUUAGGAAAGACUGGGAUAAGAUUGAAAAGGACAUCAAUGAAAUGGAAGCAGAAGAGAAACCCCAAGGCGAUGCAGCAUUGAACGAGCUUUUCCAAAAGAUAUACGGCGAAGGGUCCGACGAGGUUCGUCGCGCUAUGAAUAAAAGCUUUGUGGAGUCAGGAGGUACUGUCCUAAGCACGAACUGGAAUCAGGUAGCUCAGGAUAAGGUCGAAGUGAAACCUCCAGAUGGACUCGAGUUUAAGAAGUGGGAAAACUAAGACUGACCGCACAUUGGCUACUGUCGCUUGAGCUACAUAUUAGUAGCUGAAGCGUCAAACCAACGCUCACUGAUUUUAUCUAACGCCCGAAGUUAUUAAAAAUGUAAUCCAAAAUCAUGAGAUCACUUGUAUCCUUAUCUACAGAGAAGAGUAAGAAAAGGAUAGCACUACUCAAUUCAAUCUGUCAUUUCAAGAUUUUGGAUUAGAUUAAUUAUUUAUAUCCGCCUUAAACGAAUCAUCUGGAUGUUCGAGCGUUUAAACAGUUGCGCAAGCUGACUAUUAAAGCAAAGCCAAUGACAAAAGAUAAAGAAAUAAUGCCCGUUUUCACUAACGUUGAAUAAGGCAAUGCCAUCGUAAGUAACGUCUAGUCUUAAGUUAAUUUCUAGGCAUAAAGUUACGUUUCACCAUUCGAUCGUCACUAAGCAAUAUUAAAGCUUUAAGUUGUUUAUGUUGUCUAUGAAUGCAUGCAAAUUUUUACGAUGCGCGCGCACAGCGUCACAGAAACCCGAUACUUUGACGUUAACUAUAGUCAACAUUUCAGUUUUUCAAAAAAAAAGUUUUGACAGUGUACAAUUUCAAUUGUCAAAGUCUGCGGGC